CAAAGGUCUCUUUGUAUCAUAGAUUGUGGAAAAAUGAGUUUUCUUCAGAGGUUACUACAGUUUAAUACAAGAAGACUAGUCUCUAAUGAUUCAUUUCUACUGCAUCAAAAUAAAAUCAUGGGUGUGAGAAACUAUUAUUAUAGCACGUCACAACUUGAGAGCUUUGUGAGGGAUGAGUGUAUGGCAGGAAGGAUUAAGAAGCUUGAUGAUGGUUUGAAAUACUUUAAUCAAUUGAUUUCACAAAGGCCUUUGCCAUCUAACGGUACAUUUAGUCUUGUAUUAGGAUCAUUAUCGAAGAUUAAAUGCUACAUAGAUGUGAUUAUGUUGUCUAAGAAGAUGGGUUUGGUUGGGGUAGAACCAAGUAUUUAUACAUUCAGCAUUUUGAUUAAUUGUUGCUGUCAACUGGGGAAAGUUAAUCAUGGGUUUUGUUUUCUCGGAGAGAUGUUAAAGAGAGGUUACAAUCCUGAUGUUAUCACUUUCACAACACUGAUCAAGGGGUUGUGUCUUCAAGAAAAGAUUGAUUAUGCAUUCAAAUUGUUCAACAAAAUGACUGAGAUAGGUAUUCAACCGAAUACCUUCACAUGUAAUACUCUAAUGCAUGGGCUUUGUAAUGCUGGUGAAGUGGGUCUUGCUCUUCAGUUAAGAAACAACAUGUCAAAAUGGAAUUGCAGACCUAAUGUCGUUUCUUACGGUGUCAUCAUAGAUACACUUUGUAAAGGAAGUUCAGUUGACGAAGCUUUGGUUCUCUUCUCUGAAAUGCUUCACGAUUCGAAGAUUGUGCCGAAUGUAGUUGUUUACACUUCUUUGAUUGACGGACUUUGCAACUCAGGCCGGUUAUAUGAGGCAAAAAAACUUUUUAGCGAGAUGGCUGGUAGAGGAAUCUCCCCAAGUGUGACGACAUAUAGUUGUAUGAUUCAUGGUCAUUGCCUACAUGGUCAAAGGGAAGAAGCAAGAAAAUAUUUUGAUGAAAUGAUGGAUAGAGGGAUUUCGCCCAAUACCAUAACUUUUAGCACAUUAAUAGAUUCACUUUGCAUAGAUGGGAUGAUGAAAGAUGCUUGGGGGUUAUUCAAAUUGAUGGAUAAGUUAAACAUCCCACCUGAUCAGUUUACUUAUAAUUCAAUGAUGUAUGGUGUGUGUUUGACUGGUCGUGUGGAAGAAGCGGUAAAACUGUUUAACUCAAUGGUGAAUAGGGGCCUUGAGCCGAAUGAGUUCAACUACAAUGUGUUAAUCGAUGGGUAUUGCAAGAGUCAUAAGUUGGAUGAAGCUAUGAAGUUAUUUGAGAAAAUGAAACGAAAUGAAUUAAAACCCUCGACAAUUAUUUACAGUACACUAUUAGCGGGAUUAUACCGAGGUGGAAGAAUGAAGACUGCAAAGAACUUGCUUAAUGAGAUGCAAACCUUUGGUCUAUCUCCAGAUAUUGUCACAUAUGGUACAGUGUUGGAUGGUUACUGCAAGGAUGGAAAUAUGGAGGAGGCAGUAGAAUUGUUUGAAUCCAUGGAGGGUACUGGUAUGUUAGCUAAUGUUGAUAUUUACAAUAUUCUUCUUCAUGGUUUGUUUCUAGCUGGCAAGGUGGAAGAUGCAAAAAAACUAUUUAAUGAAAUCCCCAACAAAGGAGUACAGCCUGAUGUAAUAACGUAUACCACAAUGAUCAAAGGCUUCUUUCGUAACAACAUGUUACUAGAGGCUAAGUCAUCAAUCAUCGAAGUGGAAGAGAAGGGUUGUUUACGGGAUGCUAGAGCAUACAAUACCAUCAUUCUUGGUUUUCUUGAGGCAAACGAGCCUGCCAUGGCACAGCAUUUUCUUCGCAAAAUGCUUGAACUAAACUUUGCACCAAGUGAUUCUGUUAUUUGUUUGUUGGUGAACACCAUCUCGGCAGAUGAUCUAAUAAAAAUGUAGUUGUUUUUGCGAGACCAUGUAAUUAUCGAUGUAACAGGGAAAAUCUAAAUCUCCAUUGUGAUAUCAACAUAUUUGGAUGAGUAUCUCUCUACUUUUCCUCUUUUCAUAUCAGAAAAAAUUG